CGGAGUCGCUCGCGCCGCAGCGGUGGUGGUUGCUUAGAAACGGUGGCUUGGACUGUCAGCUGGGGUGGUUUAUGGGUGUUGUUUCAUGCGUUUGUGGCUACCGGCUACUUUUCAAUUAAGCGUUUACGAAAGCUUUCCCGCCAGAUCUUAUUCUGUCAAGAGACAUUUAAGUUUUUUGCCUCUCGGUUACAUUUUGAAAGUGAAACAAGCUAAGUGCAGCAUCCCUUUGUGCUAUGCACCACACUGCACCCCGUGCUAUAUGCCGUUGUGCAGUAUUGAUUUUACGUGAGAGGAAGUGUAAUAAUUAAGACAUAUCGGAGCCUUAAAAAUGAGUGAGUGUUCCACAAUGGUGGUGUGUAAUCGAGCUGAAGAAAGCAAUGCUGUUCGUCCAAGGCGAACAACUGCAGUCCUGGAGUGUGCACAUUGCCGUAGGAAGUUUCUCAACGAAGCAGAUCGUGCUUUGCACAUACGUGAGGCUCAUUUGGGCAUAAAGGAAAAUUUUGAGUGCAAACAAUGUGGCAAACAAUUUGGAAACCGACACAUCCUCCAACUCCAUACUCGAUUACAUGCAUCCCAGUCUUCAAGUUCCUCUCCAGAGGGAAGCCUUAGUGAUGCUGUAACUGUCACUAGCACAUCUCAGUCUAAUGGCAGUCUUAACAUUAAUUUUAAUGUGUCACUCAACAUAAAUUUGAGUGAUGGGCUUGAUUCUAUGGAUCUUGACAGUAAAUUGAAUGAUUUGCUGGCUAAUGCUACCAAAGCUAGCUUCCAUGAAGCACUUCGACGAGAUAAAAUUGAAAAACUGGCCAGUCAGUUGAAAAACGAAAUGGCAGAAAUCAGCAAGAGUGUUAGCAGCGACACUAGUCCAAGCAAAAGUGAUGACGCAGGUGAAAAUGAGCUCUGUGCCAACACUUCAGUAAAGAGUGUUAGUCCUCCACCCUCCAUCUUACCAAUCAGCCCAGUGACUCCACUUACUCAGGAGGAAAUUCCCAGUGAACCAAGUCCUCAGGAGAUCGUUAAAGAUGUGCCAAAGCCUCCACUGGUCAAUGUUACACCACCCAGACCACCACCUGUCCGAGUAAAUCCUCAUAAUCGACCUAAAAAGUCAGUUGGUUUGACCAAAAUUAGGAUGGAAGAUUGUCAGCGAUGUGAUGCAUGCUCUUGCAUUUACUUAGAUGAGCGCGAUUAUAUUAAGCACAUGAAGAAUUUUCACAAGCAGGAUGUUAUUAAACAGGAACCCAUCAAGCCCAAAAAUAAAACCACCAGGGUAAGGUCUCAUAGUCAUAGUCAAGCCCCUCAGCGAGCUCAACAAGCUCGUAGGAGUAAACGUCAGCAACACUUUAUUGAGCAACAGCAGCAGCAGCAAGUUCAAGAUCAAAGUGGCAAGAAAGGCAACUGUCGGUCAUGCUGCAAGUCCUGCAAAUGUAGAGGAAACCAUGGUACUUUAGAGCCUAUGCUACCUAUAGUACGUCCAGUUUUGGGACGUUCCGGUCGGCGCAACAGUAUUACCACUCAGGACUCUUGGAAUCAAUUCGCUCGUCAUCUGGAAGGAGCAGAAGGUAUUGUCAUCCAACCUGACUCAAACUUGCAGAUCAAACCUGACCCUGACCACAUGGAUGAUUUCAGUGAUCUUCUCAGCCAAGUAGAAGUUAAGAUCAAAACUGAACCAAAUGAUCAUGAUGAGCCUUCAGUAAAUGUAAAAGUUGAACCUGUCGAUGACGUGGAUUCAGAUUCUUGCUCAGUUUAUUAGAUCUGAUUUGCACUUGUAGAUAUUUUUUUUAAAGUAAUGUUAUGUUUAGUCAUUCCAUGGAUUUCUUCCAUGAAUUUGGAAGAUAUUUUAAUAUCUCAUGAGCCUGUACUUUAUUCCUCCAAACAUCUAGUCAUCUUCCAGCUGGCACCACAACUAUUUCAAUUGUGAUUGAUUAGCCAUUGAUGUUGCAUUAUUUGAGCACAUUGAAUAGCCUGAAAUGUCGAAGCAUGCUUUAAGUAUCCAAUGAAAACAAGUGAGAUUUCAUCCUCAGAAAAUAAAUUUUGAACAGGUAUACUCUACUUGAAUUAAUUUAAUGGGCCAUUUGUUGGUUUUACUAGGCUGUUUUGCUGUGCUGGGAGUGAUUUGGAGGAACAUGAUCUCAUUUAUUCAAUUUAUUUCCUGUGUGAAUGUGGAUUUUCUUGAUACAUCACUCAUCACAUUUUUCUAAAGCCCUGUUAUUUCCAGUAUAAUGUGUUAGAGGAAGGGGUAGUAUCUUAAUGGUAAGUGUUUUGGAUUGCUUUUCCCACUUUCAGAAUUAAAACACAUUGAUAUGCUGUCAUAUUGUAAGCACAGCUGUGCGUUUUCAUUUUAUAAGUGAUCUAAUAAUUUAAAGCUUGACUGAGUAUAUCAGGGCUUAGCAUCAGUAUUCGAACAUACAUAGGCUUGGGUAAUAACCAAAUUAUCUUUAAAUCAAUAUUUUAGUGUUCCACAAAGGGUUUUACAAUUGACUUCUUAAACUCAGCAACUACUACCAACAUUCUAAUAAGCACCUGAAUGUUGGGUUUUAGAUUAAUUUUUAAUGAAAGACUUGUUUGCAUAGUCAUUUUAAGGAACGUAUUCCCUUUUGUUAAUUUUUAUGUUCUCCCAAGUAACAGAAAAAAGUCAAAGUGAAGUUGAUGUCAAAAUGACUUCUUUGACAUUUUUCUUUGGGCAUAUGCAUUUCAUCAGGAAUUAAAUGUGUACUGAUAGCUGAAUUUUUUUGACAUGUUCUUAAUGAUGACCAGUUUAUAUACUCCUAGUGGUAAUGUUAAAUUUACCAGUGAUUUUUUUUUUUAGAUUAAAUCUAAGUAAUAAGUAGCUCUGUUUUUGAUGGGCUUUGUACUUAAAGGUACGAAUAUUUAUUGAUUUACCAGUUUGCUGUAUCAAUGUAUUAUGUGUGUUUUUACUAUUUAUUGGUAUUAAUUGAAUUGCCUGUCAACCCACUUAUACCCAAUUAUAAUGAAUUUCUUAAUUGAGAACUCACAUCACAACCAAUGUUACUACUUUAAAUCCUAUCUGCUAGUUUGUAAGUACGUAAAAUUUCAGUCUGUAAGAUCUAGUCAUAUUGUAAACUCCCAAGUGAGUUGCCAAUUUUGUGGGUGUUUUUCUUCUAAUCUUACUGGCAUCUGUAAUAAUCUUGACCAUUUUUAAACAGGUAUUUUCUUUUAGAUUAGUUUCUUUCCAUUUUGCUGUGAUAUUUUACAUGUCUUGGUUAGAAUCUGGACACAAUUCUUUAUUGUGUAGGUCAGAAAUAAGUCUUCUCACAAUUUUGUUUUUUGUGUGUUGAUUUCACAAUUACAGCCUUUCAAUGUUGCCCAUGUUUCAUGUUUCCAUGUUUAAUUCAUAUGAAGCAUGAAAUUGUGAUUUAGAGAUUGUCCAGAUCUGAAUGAAGAAUGUGAAAUCAGUUUAAAAUAGGCAAUUGUUUGAAAUUAGAAGCUCUCUGAAAGAUAUCAUGAAGGCAAAUGUUGGAGGGUGUUGGUUCAGAAGCACUAGGGCACUUCUUUUGAUUGCCCUAAACCAAAGCCUCUGUUGGUGUCUUAAAAUCUAAGUCAUAGUCUUUGAGUUCAUUGAAAAAUUUUGCAAACUUACUAGUAUGGCAUUGUAUUUGUCAAUGCUAGGAUAGUUCAUGUCUCUUUGUGCCUCAAUCAUUGAAAGUUUAAAAAUUUUUGCCACUUUAUCUGAAUGAUGGCAGUGAAAUAUUUAAUCACAAGUACAAAGAUUUGAUAUCUCUUUUUGUAUGUAGGAUUGUAUGAAAUCUUUUGCUACUUUUAGGAUUUUGGUACUGCAGUGUAAGAUAAAUGCUGUUUUCCCCAUCUACUUUUGACAGCAAUGUUAUUCGUUGGACUGCUGAUAAUUUGCAUUACCAAAGACUGUCAAAUAUUUUACAUUAUGGAAUUACUUUUUACUUCCAUUGUACUUUGAUAAUAAUUUUUCAAUAGCGGAAGAUUUUGAUAUGUGUGCCAGUAUGCCAGUAUUAAACAAUUUUCAAAAACAAGUGUUGUUCUUUGUUGAGAAAAUAAAGAAUCAACAAAACA